GGUAACUUUUGCGCCGGCGUAUUACGAACGGGAAGGUCCUCAGAUUGAACCGAGGGGGCUGCAGAGGACGGAGGGCGAUCAUGGCCGCCUCCAUGAUCUGUAGUCGGGUGGUGACGGCGGCCACAAGACGGCUGAGAGGCGGCCGCCACAUAACCUUGAGCGCCGCUGCCAAGGUACUUGGCGGAAGUCCAGGAUUGUUUAAUAGCUAUGUGUUUCAAGUGCAGCAACAGCAGCAAAGGAACUUGUCGUUGCAUGAAUACCUGAGCAUGGGACUACUGAAAGAAGCUGGCAUUUCUGUUCCACAUGGAUUGGUUGCAAAUACAGCAGAUGAAGCUUACAGAAUUGCAAAAGAAAUAGGUACCAAGGACCUUGUUGUAAAGGCACAAGUUUUAGCUGGUGGCAGAGGAAAAGGAACCUUUGAAAGUGGCCUAAAAGGAGGAGUGAAAAUAGUAUUUUCUCCAGAGGAAGCAAGAGAGAUCUCCUCCCAAAUGAUUGGAAAAAAGUUGUACACCAAGCAAACGGGAGAAAAGGGCAGGAUAUGCAAUCAAGUAUUUAUCUGUGAGCGCAGAUAUCCCCGGAGAGAAUACUAUUUUGCAAUAACUAUGGAAAGAUCAUUUCAAGGUCCUGUACUCAUUGGCAGUUCUCAGGGUGGUGUUAAUAUUGAAGAUGUUGCUGCAGAGAAUCCAGAUGCAAUAGCCAAGGAACCUGUUGACAUUGUGGAAGGCAUCCAAAAGGAGCAAGCCGUCAGGCUGGCCAAGAAAAUGGGAUUUCCUGCUAACUUGGUAAAUGAAGCAGCAGAUAUUAUGAUUAAGAUAUACAACCUCUUUAUUAAAUUCGAUGCUACUAUGGUAGAAAUUAACCCCAUGGUUGAAGAUUCAACAGGGAUUGUGAUGUGUAUGGACGCAAAGAUAAAUUUUGAUAGCAAUUCGGCUUAUCGUCAGCAGAAAAUCUUCGACCUGCAGGACUGGACCCAGGAGGACAAGAGAGACAGAGAUGCAGCAAAGGCUGAUCUUAAUUAUAUAGGAUUAGACGGAAACAUUGGAUGUCUGGUGAAUGGAGCUGGUCUGGCAAUGGCCACAAUGGACAUCAUUAAACUUCACGGAGGCACUCCAGCAAAUUUUCUUGAUGUUGGUGGUGGUGCUACAGUGCAACAAGUAACUGAGGCCUUUAAGCUUAUUACUUCAGAUAAAAAGGUUCAGGCUAUUCUGGUAAAUAUAUUUGGAGGCAUUAUGCGAUGUGAUGUUAUAGCACAAGGUAUAAUUAUGGCUGUAAAAGACUUGGAUCUGAAAAUACCUAUUGUUGUACGGUUACAAGGUACACGAGUUGAUGAUGCCAAAGCUUUAAUAACAGACAGUGGUCUGAAAAUCCUUGCUUGUGAUGACUUGGACGAAGCUGCUAAAAUGGUUGUGAAACUCUCUGAAAUAGUGACCUUAGCAAAGCAGGCUCAAGUGGAUGUUAAGUUUCAGUUACCAAUCUGAACAGAAGAUGACUCAUGUCCCCAAAGCACUCCUUGUGUUCUGUUUUCUAAAAUACUGUUCCUUUAUUUCCUCCCUCUUCUGCCACCCCCGCCUUUUUCUUUGUGUGGAGAUUUUAGUUGCUUGAAAAGCACACAUCUAUUAGGACUUUAUCUUUUUGUUGAUAUUCAAAAUGUUGGCCAUUCAUGUAAAAGUAUUGUAUACCUUUACUCUUAGUUGCAACCUCUCUUCCUCCCAUUUGCAGCUACAGAAACAGUUGUUCUUGAUAUGCUUGUUUGUUAUCAAAAAGAGCUUGAAACUCAAAAUGUACUUCUUCCAAAUAAAAGUCUGAAGUCAAUAGGAUGUUUGUAUCUGUCUUGGUGAUGGCACACCUAAUGACUAGACUUGCUAGCACGUUGAACAGCAGUAUCGACUGUGUGGCUUUCACAGGCUGUUGUCAAAUCAGUCCAUGAAGCACAGAGAAUACUUCUGAAUGGUAAUACAGAGGAAUGUAAUGGAAAGGCAUUGUAUAUUGAAGAUAUUUAUAUUCUGCAGUACAGUGAAUAAAAUUGAGCAUACUACUUACUAUUUAUGAACAGUGUAUUUGUACACUCAGAACUAGAGGUGUGCAUGAAAAAAUUUUUGUGUUCCAUUCUGGGCUUGGAAUGGAACACAAAAUCCAUGGAGAGUUCUGUCAGAACUAUCGGGCGAGCUGGUUGUUCUGACAGAAUGACCCCGUUCUGAACAGAAUGCUCUGAGUGCCAUUUUGGAUUCCAAAAUGGCACUCUUCUGGCCUCUGCGAAUGUCUGAGCACCAUUUUGGAAUCCAAAAUGGUGCUCUUCUGGCCUCUGCACAUGCAGCUUGGAAUACUCAAAACUGCCUGUUUUGAGGCGGAACGUUCUGGAUGUGAUAUGUUGAGCACAUCUCUACUCAGAACUUUCUGAAGCAACAAUUAUUUGAACAUUGUAUUUAAUCACUACAAAAUGUACUGUAGCACUUAAGUUUUCAUGAUUUCUGGUACUUAUUUUAAAGUACCAUGUAGUUUUGUAUAUCAACAAAUAAUGCGUAUUUCUUUUAGUGCUGGCAGACAUACUGGAAUGUCUGUUCUGUUCUUAAAACAAUAAAGUCUUACAAGAGCUUA